AUGGAAGAGGCCAAAAUAUUCUACAUUUGUUUAUCAGAUGUAGACCCUUUACUCAAUCAAAACAACGAUGAUGGUAACACUCCUCUGCAUUUGGCUACUCUUUCCAAGCAUGUUGAAGUGGUUGAACUUCUUAUCCAAAAUGAAGGGGUCAAUGUUGGAUUGUUGAACAAGGAAGGUUUGAUGGCACACGAUUUGGCAAAAGAAUUAACGUUUGUAGAUGAUACCAGCAAAAGAGUGGUUAUGAGGCUAAAUUUGAUGCUAGAAAAAGCUACAAAUGAUAUAAAGUUGUUUCCUAUUGAUGGUAAUUUGUAUCUACACUUGGCUAAACGAGAGAUAAAUCGAGUUUCUGAAUCAGUUAGACGGCUUCAGCUUAAGGACCUUCUAACCCCUGAUGAGGGGGAAAAUGUUCUUCAUAUUGCAGCUUGUAUGGAUAGUACGCAACUGAUUCAUGAUCUCCUUCAAGGACAUGGUUGUACUACUCUCAUGUACCAAGCCAACAAGAAAGGUGACCUUCCGAUUCAUUCAGCUGUUAAGGUUGGUAAUUUCCAGUCCCUCAAAGGUCUUUUUCAAUGGUCGCCAUCUAUCCCUUCAGAUCAUAUAUGUAUAAGGCCAAAUUUUGACGGAAACACAGCAUUGCAUGUUGCGGUGUUAUAUAACCGUAGAAAAGAUCAAAACGUCAUUAAACUCUUCCACCACAGGCAUUUGCUUAAUAGCAAAGAUCAAAACGUCCUCCAUGUGGCAGCAAAGAAUUACGACAACCAUUACAUCAUUGCAUAUUUGCAUAAACGAAAGUUUAAGGAGCUGAUCAAUACAACUGAUGAUAAUGGUAAUACUCCACUACAUUUGGCUGUUAAAGGUUUUCAUCUCCGCGCUGUGUAUCGUUUGCUGAAAUAUCAACACAUCAAAGGCAAUUUAAAAAACAAAGAGUUGCAGACACCUCUAGAUAUAUUUAUUAUGCAUAUGAAAUGUGCAGAUAAAAAAGGCCUUUCUUCUCUACAGAUCCAUCUUAUGGAAGUGAUGCUGAAUAAGGUUAAUGAGAGAACUUUGUUUUCAAAAUUUACAAGACGAGAUGACCUAGAGGUCGAAGAAAAAUUAAGGGAGGUGGAGGCGACAAAAAAAAUAUGCAACCCUCCUGGUGGUUAUAAUGAUCAGACUGGCUUGCCAAAUUUGGUAUUAGACCCAUCGUUUCAAUCUUUUGUCUCCGAAAAUUCGUCAGCGCUUGUUUAUGGAAUAAUUUCAGCUAUAAUUCUCAUUUUAGGCAUGCAUAUCGAUGAGUUUACAGGAAUAAGCCUUAUUUUUGGAGGACUUUAUAUUUUCAUUGGGCUCUUUUUAUAUGGCAUCUUCAUUCCAAAAUGCGUUAACGCUAUAUACUGCUAA